AUGGUACCGACACAGAAAGCACGAUCAACCGAUAUCACUACGAUGGAGAAGAGGAAUCCACCAUCCUACACCAGCUUCGCUUCCGGAGCAUCCAUGCGUCCUACCGCAGCGGAAGCCGAUGCCCUGCUAAAUCAUCUCGCCGAAAGGGCUGAUGAGCAGUAUAUGCUGGACGAAGAAUACCUUAUCGGAGCCGAAGUCCUCCUGAAACGUGAGACCGAACCGAUCCGGAACAUGCUCGAAUUCACCUUGUCGAUGGACUAUCAAUGCUAUUCUACUGCCAGCAUCUCCACCUCAGACCGGGAACAUUUCAUCCACAUGGCUGAAGCUUCGCGACAGUUGAGGACCACUUUAGGCCAACCAACAGGCCCGCGAACGGCAGAGGUUCGACCAACACCCGAAGAACGCCAGGUGCUCGCCGCCUACUUUUGGAAGUAUCUCCACGAGCCUUGCAAGGCGCUCUCGCUGCCACUGGACUGCGUUUAUAACGACAUCGUUCAUCUAGGCAGAUAUACGCAUGAGCAUGGGGGCUACAAAGGCUCGGUUUUCGGAAUCCUCCAACAGUACGGUGUCAUGAGACUGGCGUCAAAGCUCUACAUGGACCGGGAGUUUCUCAUACCUCGCGUAUUCUCGGACUACAACACUCAGAUCAAGAUGAUCCAGGCCGUAAACAAAGUCGAACAGCUAUACUUUGUUCGUAUUUCCGGUUUCGAAGGCUCCACUCAACCGGACUCUGGUCCCUCCGGCUGGAGCAGGGCGCAGAAUGUCGAAUACGAAGCGAACGAGCGCGGCAUUGCCCCGAUACGCAAGCAACAAGAUGAUCGGCCGGAUCGCGCAGUACUACAAGCGCGGCCGGUGGAAAUUGGGCGAGAACUCGUGUUCUACUACUGGCUCACCAUGCGAACGAAGAGUCGGAGUACGGCAAGGUUUGGGAUGGAGGGAGUGGACGAGUAUAGGCGUACAGUGCCGGAGAGUGCGCCACCACAAGGUGAUGUAUUGGCGAAGCAGGAGGAGGUCUUGGAAAAGAUGAGCUGUGUGGGAUGA